GAAGAAUCAACUUCAUAGAAUUUUACCAUUUGAAUAUUCAACAUUUUCUUUGGAAGUUUUCUAUAAUACAUUGAUACGAUCGUGUAAGAUCUUUUCCUUUCGGCUAUCAUUAUGUGGUGUAUGGAAAUCGAGUACACUUUUUUAAAUUCAAUUUUUUUACAAUCAUGGUUCGGUUUUUACGAUGAUUUUUGCGGAAAAUCAAAUUUUUUCGUGAAUUAGAUGUUCGAUUUACAGACAUUGACAUUGUAAGAGGGAAAAGCAAAUCUGCUUUAUCAUAAUGAAGCACCAUCUACUAUGGCAACUACGUGAAAUCCGAAUGUCGCUGCAAUGUUUGAUGAAAAAUCGUGCAAUUGGUUUCAUACUGCUGUGUUUGCUGAUUGUCGGAAGGACAUACGGUAGUAAUUUCCCACGUAGGACAUGUCUACCUGGUCUUGACACUCCCGGAUGGACAACACCGAGCGGCGAUAUUAACGUAGAGGUAGGAAAAUCGUUAGAAAUUUACUGUACAUUGAACGACGAUUACGUGUACAACAGAGAGUACACAUCGGGCAACAUUGUAUUCUCCAACGGUUCUAUUCCUAUCGACCAAAAUCUAGUAACUGCUAUAAACGAGACAACAGCUAAAUUAAAAAUCGACAAUGUCACACUUCAGUCCAUGGUUUCCACCUUCUAUUGCUACAUUUCCAGAAAACGAUACAACGAUUCUUUACUGGCUAACAGUAUCAAAAGCUCUCCUUUUUCCGAAUUCGAGAAAUACACAGAUAAAAUGGUCUGCGCGAAUAGAGUCAUAGUUGGAAGCAAACCCAAAGAUGUUGUAAAUUUCACUUGCAUCUCGUACAAUUGGGAAUUCCUAAAUGUAUCUUGGACAGCUCCAGACAACGGUGUAUCAACCAAUUACACCGUUUCUUAUCAAAUACCAAAGAGAGGAGGUCGCGGAUCGAAUUACCAUUGUCCUAAUGAUGAAGAUAUUAAAUCUGCUAGAUGCAUGUGGUCCAUGUCAACUGAUCCAUUGUAUAGAAAAACCUUAGAGUAUAUGACUUUCAACGUGCAUGGCGUCAAUCGUUAUGGCAACUCAUCUCAACCAUUCAGAAUCCAUCAUUUCGCACACAUCUUACCAAACGCUCCUCAAGAACUGAGCAAAGUCAGUAAAACCGUAUCUAGCGUCUAUCUCACUUGGAGUAUCGGCCAUUUGCAUAUUUUAGAGAAAAAACUAGUCUAUAAAAUCGAAUACACGUGUAAUUCGAAUUCCACGUGGAAUCAAGUCCUGUUCAGCAAUCAAGAUGUGGAAAACAAAGGCGAACAAAUCAGCGUCAAUGUCACCGGGCUCGAGUAUCCAAAUACCCCGUACGAUUUCAGGGUUUACUCAAAAUCGGCGGUUGCCACUGGGGAUCAAUUUUGGUCCAAACCGUCUUCGGUGGUUGUAAGAACAGCCUCGUGUGCACCUUACAAGUCACCUGAAACUGAUUUAGGGAGUUUCGAGAUACAUAGAGAAGAUAAUCGAAGAGAUGUUUUCGUGUAUUGGAAAGCAUUACAACAGACCGAGUACAACGGAGAUGAAUUCUAUUACAAUAUUAGUAUUUUCGAUGAAUACGGAGAGGUAUCCAUCAAGCCGGAAAUGUUAACUCAAUCUUUCGCCAAAUACCCCAACUUGAGUUUCAAUAUCAGCUACAGUUUCUAUAUCAGAUCUGUAAACGCCGAAGGUCCAGCCAACUACACAACCAGCGUUUAUGUCCCGAAAGAUGCUGAUUUAGUUCCCGAACCUACGGUAUUUACAAAAAUUGACUACGGAGACGGUAUCUAUGAAUUAUCGUGGACACCUCCGGAUAAUCUGCAAGACAAAAUCGUCAACUACACCACAUUCUGGUGUGAGAGUGAAAAAGACAGACCGUAUCAGUGUAGCGGGCAAUUGGACUGGCUUCAUUUACCUCCCAACGCAACCAAACACAACUUCACCAUAAAUUCAAACCGCAGUUACCAAUUCGCCAUCAGCGCCAAUACCGAAAUCUCAACCAGCGGUAUGUCCUGGGCUGUUUGUACAGCCCUACACGAUAAGAUCAGUAAAAUGAAAACCGUCUGGUCUGGUGAAGUUGGCCUCGACUACUUUGAUAUCAAAUGGAAGCUCGAAUGUUCCGAACGAAUCGAAAGCAUCGAAGGAUUCAAUGUCUACUGGUGCGAACUUCCCAAAGCCGAAACCAACAAUAAAUGUAUAGAGCCGGAAAAAAUUUGGAAAAUUUAUGGCAACGUGCACUCCAUGCAUGCCAACAUAACCAACCUGAAACCGUUCACUCGGUAUAAAGUCAAUGUGGCUAUUUUCGCCAAAGGUAACAGAGUUGGCCCUCCUAGCGAAGACAUGAUCCGAAAAACAGCCGAAGGAUACCCGGAAACGCUCGGAAUGAAAGUGCAUCCGGGUAAAGUCACCAAUCAUUCGGCUGUGCUCGAAUGGCAACAUCCUAUCGUCACAAACGGUCAUCUACAGUAUUACAAAGUUCGCUAUAACGAAAACGAGAUCACCAUUAAUGCAACCUUAACUCAAAUCACGCUGGUUAAUCUGACCAGUUACACUAACUACAACGUCAGGGUAUUGGCUUGUACGGCCAUGUGUUCGCCAAUGGACUCGAUAAUGCUUCUGACCAAAGUCGGCAUACCCGGCGUCGUUAGUAAACUUACAACGGAGAAAAUAAAUUCGUCGUACGUGUUGGUAAAGUGGAAUAAACCAUUAUUGUUAGCAGGACCUAGUCCCAUAUAUGACGUUAGGGUCCAGUUCGAUGAGACUGAUAAGAAUUCCACUUACAAAGAACUGGAAACGGCGCAAACCAAAGCCGAAGUACCUAUACCGAAUUGCUUCAAUAAAGGCCCCCGUUCCUCGUACACCUUCUACGUGCGAGCUAAAAAUAUCCAACUUCCUGACAACACCACAUCCGACCCGAUUCUCUACUACUACGGAGACUGGUCGCAAGCCUACACUAUUAACUGUAUACAAGAAGAAAUACCCUCGCUGCUGCAAAUCACCAUAUUCAUCGGGUUGUUCAUACUGUUCGUCUGGGGUGCCAUAUUCUUCGGUAAAAAAGGUUUCGCCAAAUUCCAGCAAAUGCAAGACUUCGACGUCACGUUACCGCCUAAAUUCAUUAAUCCGCCGCUUUUCCACAACGACAGCAAACACCAAGAUUAUCAUAUAAAUAUCGGUAGCUGGUCCGACGAUAAUGCCGAAUGCGAUCAUUUAAAUAGCAAAUUAACCGAUCUCGACCAGUCUAGCAUAGACUGCAUUGAUAUGGAUAUGGACUUGGAUACAGAUCGCGAGACCGAUAGGUCAAGCAGUGGGUGUUACACUGGGUAACCAGUGUUAUACUUAUGAUGAGGUAUUUUUUCUAUACCACUACUUCACGUUGUUGCAAUAACGACGAAGUUGUUAUUUUGUGUUCGAACGAAAUUCAAUGCUUAUUUUAUAUAAUUUCUUCGAGUCGAUACGAUCUCUCUCUUUCUCUCUCUAUCGUACAUAAGCACAAUUAUGUAUAUCCCUAACCCCCUUCCCCGCCCACUACCUACUCUAAAAGUUACCCUUUUCAUUGGUUUUUUUUUUUGCCUAACCACUUUUCAAAUCGAGAUUAAUUGAAUUUGAUAAAGUUUUCAAAAUUUUCCAACCACACAGCUCAGGAAGUACAGGGUAUGGUAUUGUUAAACUUAAAAUGUCGAUAAAUAUAUACCAACUUCUUAAUUAAUUGAACGGAAAAGAGAGAAAAAAAAUGCUAACUACCAACCGACAAAAUUAACGUGUUAAAUUAGCUUGUCAUUCAACUUUAGGAUCACAUGGGUGCUUUAACUCUUUCAAAGACGUGCUAUUAAAAAAAAAAAAAAUGAGCCGAGAUUACUUGAAAUACACUUAUGUAUUAAU